AGCAAAUAAUGGAGAGAGUAAUCCCAAUAAACACUCCAUCAUUUGCCUCAACGUGUCACCUGCAAAACCAACAAGCCAAUCCAUAGAGAUGCAAAUCUCAUCCUUCAUUUUUAGUACAUAGCUCCAAGAUCCCAUGUUGUCACCAUUAUCAAUACCUUAUUUAAACUAUGAAAAAAACCACCACUUCAAUCUCCAAAUUUGUCUCAACAUAACAAUGUCUUUAGCAAGCUCCUUUCCUCGUCAUGUUCCGGUUACAGCUUUGAGUUCACCAGCAAACCAUGGCAACAAGAUCGUGAUGCUGAGGAAAAAACAGGUUUCGAACAAGAAAACACCCAUUAUUCAGAUCAAAUUCUUCUCCAAGAACAAGGUUUUUGAGGAUCAGUCUGAAGGUGUAAUCUGCUAUAGAGAUGAAAAUGGAGAAAUGGUUUGUGAGGAUAUGAUGAAGGCCCUCGAUUUCGUCAACGAACAUUCUAUCAUCUUAGACAUGUUGAGAUCCUUGAUCUCCUUCAAGAUAGAUGGCUUCAAAUUGUUAAUGGUGUCAAUGAUUUUUAACAAGUUCCACUAAUGCAAGACUCUGUGUUGAAUCUUCAGUCGAUAUCAAUCCGGAGAUCGAAUAAUGUAAAAAGCAAAAAUCUCUUCUAUUGUAAUCGAUCACUUUGUUUUACAGUAUGAUGGAAUAUGUGCUAGUUUGUUCGAAAAUUUCAUGCAAGGGUCACUAAAUA